AUGGGCAACACGUCGUCCUCGCGGGCGCCGGCGCGCAAGUCUCACAAGCUCUCCAAGCCCAACCCUCUGCAAGAUGAUUCGCUUGCCGAUUUCGACAGUCCCGCCGACUUCUCUACCUCCAACAGCUCUCGAUACUGCAGCAGUUACCUAGCCGCCUCUCGAGCCCCGCCGACGGCCGAUGCAUGUUACUCCCAGGCACACGACAUGGCGUCCGUCGACGGUACUGGCUGUCCAGCAGGUACAUGGCCAACCCAGCCACGCCAGCUUUCCAUGCCUGCUGGCUCGACGCAGCUGGGCCGCUCACCAAGCAGGGCGAGCUGGCAGCACACCGGCAUGGCAGGAGGCGAAACCAGGGACAGCCAGCUUGGCAGGGCAAGCUCGAUGGUCUAUCUCAGACAAAGGGACACCCUUCAACCGCUCGCUCGCGCUCAGAGCGUGACUGGCGGGGACACGGCAACCCGUCACUUGCGGCCAGGGCACCAGCUUCGGCCCCGAGACAACACGUCGGACAGCAGGCGAUGGAUGGUGGAAGGCUCGGACCGCGUGCAGCGAACUCAAUCUCGCAUUUCGCUGGCCAAUGUGGAAACGUGCAGGGGAAAUGUCGAUGUGUGCCGCUCGCUCGAGCUAGAAGAGCACUCGGCUUGUCGAAUGACGCGAAACAACUCGGACGUGUCGCUGUGCAUACCGCAGCGUCGGCGCUCUGUCAUUCAAACGCCAGGUGUCGCCACGCGCACUGCUCGGCAAGACAACCGAUCAUUGAACAAGCCAGGGAACGAACGCCGUCACUCGAUGCACCCCCCGCACGUCAACCACGCUAUCCUCGUGACCGUGGCCAACCCGCGGCUAUCGCUGCCUCCGCAAGGUCCCAAUCCUGAUCUUCAAGAGCGCGCCAGUACACCCUGCGAGAGCGACUACCGGCAGCUUGGGGGGAUGAGAUUCGGAACGCUCAGAAUCACAAAUGGUCCGCCCACCCCAAUCGGAGCGACGGACAUGCCACCGGAGAAGGAGUCACGAAUGCCCCCUUCUACCGAACCCCUCACCUCGAGCUGUACCGGAGAAGAGUCGCCCCCGUCGCGAGGGUUAGCCGACGUCGGGUCCAUGGACGGUGCGGCCAUGGAUGAUGCCGCCGCAAGCACUCCACCCGAGCCGCAGGUCGACGGCUCGAGCCGUGCUGUGCAUAUCACGUCAGACUACUCCUUGAUUCGGGAUAUCGAGGCUGCCGUUGAACAGUCGUGGCUACCUAGCCCCAUUGAUGAGCACCAAGUGAUGGCGCCGGCAAGUCGUCCGACAUGCGGUGAUGCGUCCGCCUUCUGCGCCGCAGAUGAUGGCGGAUCCAACACGAGAGUCGUGACCGCCGAGCCGGAUUAUCUCUCACCGGAGAUCUUGGUCGUCCGAGAGGACCCGAACGCCAAACCCGUCACAGCAACAUCGAGACAUGACAAACGAACCCCUUCCGUGAAGAGAAGCAACAGAGGCUUCGUCUCAACCUCUACGUCGUCUUCUACUAGCUCCAGCACCGCUGCAUCAGCAGACAGUGGUUACGGCUCGAACUUUUCGCUUCGAUCCAUUCGCGCCGCACCCAACGAGAAAUGGAAACGACGGGGUACGGAGCAGCAGGUGGGCAUUGGAUUAUCGCGCCAGUCGCCGAACAAUGCACGCCACGUCGGAGACGGUGUGUCGGACGCUACAUCCCGACGUUCUCUGAUGCAUACGCCAUGGCAUUCCAUCCGUUGCCGCCUGUCCACCCGGGCGGGCAAGGGCCACGAGCACGCACCUCCAUCAAGCUCGAAGUUAAAUCAUCCAAGCUCCCGAACUGCGCAUAUUCAAGCUGCUAGAAACGAAGAUGAGGUGGAGCGCACAAACUCGGCUACCUCCAACGGCGCCCUGAACAGAGAACGUAAUCGGCUGGGCAACUCCGCGAGGCAAAGCAUUCCGGUGACUCGCACAUCUCCAUCUUGGCGAGAAGUUCAGGCUCUCGCAAUCAACCCGUCUGAUGCGGAAGCAAGAAUUUCUAGACGCAACAGUAUGCUUCCGACAGCAUCCAAGUGCAUCGCUUCCCGAGCAGAUUCGAUCCCGGAGACGUCGAGGCGGCGGAUGAGCGUGCAAAACAUGGACCAUCUGGUGGCCAGCAAGCACCGAUCCGUUGAAGCAGGAGUGCCGCAUAUUGCAGCAUGUGCCCAGGGCUGGCAGCUUGAGACCCAGUCGAGGACUCGGCCAACCAGGCACGGCUCGGUCGGCUCGGAGUCGCGAACAAAUGUGCAAGAAAAGGGAUGCCACUCCGCAUCGAAGACGACCACCUCCCGUCAUUCGAAACAAUGGCUGGAUGUCGCCGGAGCCGAGCAAGGUCGUCCGGCGUUGACAGCGCGACACACACGAGCAACGUUGCAAGAUGACACCAUACGGGUUAUGACUUGGGGGUCAGCCCCAGAUCUGGCUGCCCCGAGAGCCUCGCCGCCGUCGCGCACGCCUCUCUCACAAGCUCUGCUUCUCAACAAACCCCUUCCACCAUUACGCAUUCACCCUCGCGAUGUGAUGGGCUCCCCUUAG